AUGUGGCUGCCCAUGGUUGGAUUUACCGCCCUACCACACCUUGGAGGGCUCUAUGGCGGUUACAUCACUCGACAAGAGGUAAAGACCUGGUACCCCACCUUGCAGAAACCAUCGUGGCGGCCCCCCAAUGCAGCCUUCCCUGUGGUGUGGACCUGCCUGUAUACAGGAAUGGGGUACGGUUCAUAUCUGGUGUGGAAAGAACUCGGAGGUUUCAAUGAGAACGCUGUGGUGCCACUGGGACUGUACGGGAUGCAGUUGGCACUCAACUGGGCCUGGACGCCCAUCUUCUUCGGCGCACACAAGAUCAAACUGGCCUUGAUGGACAUUGUGCUUCUAACUGGGACUGUCGGCGCCACCAUGUGGUCCUGGUAUUCCAUCAGUCGACCAGCCACUCUACUGAUGGCGCCCUACCUGGCCUGGUUAUGUCUGGCUACUUCACUCAACUACUGCAUAUGGAGGGACAACCCUGAGAGAAAAGAAGAGUAG